CUUUUGCACGGCGGGGCUCGCGCGUGUCGCUCCCGGUCCGCGUGGUGAGUUCGGAGCAGAACUCCGCUAACGGCGUUAGCUCAGCUUCACCGGUUACACGGGGAAACGGCCCGUUUUCAGCGGAUACACCGGAAAACUCCCGUAAAUAACAGAUCCAGCGUCUCUCUGUAUUUAUUAUUAUCAGUCUAAGGCGGUGUUUUACUGACCGGUAUCCCGCCCGGUUUACUCUCCCUUCACACGAUUCUCCGGUUUAACGAUAAUUUUACCGUUUUCUCAGAAAACCCCAGCGAUAAACCCGAACUACGGAUCUAAACAACAUGUCUGAAGAACUGGAGAACAUCCUGUCCCAGCUGACAGAACCUGAUAACGCUGUUAUACAGAAGGCCACUGCUCAGCUAAAACAGGCGUUUAAAGACCCGAACAUCAUCCCAGCUUUAUGUGCUGUCAUGACAGGAUCACAAAAUCCACAGGUCCGUCAGUCUGCUGCAGUGAUGUUGAGAAUGAGAGUGAAGAAACAGUGGAAAAAAAUCAGUCCGGACCAUAAAGAGAGUUUAAAGGCAGUGGUCCUGCAAGCCUUCAAACAAGAAACUGAACAUGUAGUUCGUCACUCUCUUUCUCAGCUGAGUGCAGUGAUGGUGAGGCAUGAGACGCCUGACCGCUGGCCUGCCCUGCUCGCACUGCUGAACGAGUCCACCAAGAGCAACAAUCCUCAGGACAGACAGGUCGGGCUGCUGCUGCUCAGUAAAGUUGUGGAGUCGAACCCCGAGCCGUUUAAGCCGCACUACAAGCAUCUGCUCCAGCUCUUCGACACUUUACUCCAAGACGUGACGAAUCCCACAGCUUUAUACUACUGUAUCCUCACCAUCACUGCCAUCACACCGCAUACCGGCACAGAGGAGAUGAAUCUGAUGCGCUCGCUGAUCCCCAGGCUGAUAAUUGCUCUGAAACAGAUAAUCCAGGCUGAUCAGGAUCAGGCCAGUGAGGCGAUGGAGGUGUUUGAUGAGCUGAUGGAGAGCGAGGUUUCUAUUGUAGUUCCGCACAUCGCUGAGAUCGUGCGCUUCUGUUUGGAGGUUGGAGCUGAUGUUGCUCUCAGUGAUUCUCUCCGUGUAAAAGCUCUGUCCUGUAUUGCUCUCCUCAUCAGACUGAAGAGCAAGGCUGUGAUGAAGCAGAAGCUGCUGGUGCCGAUCCUGCAGGUUGUGUUCCCUAUUCUGAGCGCGACGCCCCCUCCUGGAGAGGAGGACCCAGAAGAUGAGGAGAACAGUGAUGGGAGUACCGACAGUGAGAAUCCCAAACACUUCGCUGCUCAGGUGAUCGACACCAUGGCUCUUCAUAUGCCACCAGAGAAACUCUUCAGCCAGCUGAUGCCUCUGGCUCAGGCUUGUCUGGUCAGUGAGAAUCCGUACGAGAGGAAAGGAGGACUGAUGUGUUUAGCUGUGCUGGCAGAGGGCUGUGCCGACCACAUCUGUACUAAGAUGUUGCCGACCAUCCUGCAGACGGUGUGCCGCAGUCUCUCUGACAGUAACCAGGUGGUGCGAAGUGCAGGACUGUUCGCUCUGGGUCAGUUCUCUGAGCAUCUGCAGCCUGGAAUCAGUAAAUACCACGCAGAGCUGAUGCCGCUGUUACUCGGGUACAUGUCCACUGUGAACGAAGCUAAAAUUGGCCACGUCACCAAGGUGUUUUACGCCCUGGAGAACUUUAUAGAAAACCUGGGUGAUGAUAUUCAGUCGUAUCUUCCUACGCUUAUGGAGACCAUGCUGUCAGCCCUGAACAAUGCAGAGAACCUCAAACUGAAGGAGCUAGCUGUCAGUGCUAUCGGCGCUAUAGCUAAUGCUGCCAAAGAGACGCUAGUGCCCUAUUUUCUCCCUGUGAUCGAGAGUUUGAAAGGUUUCUUGACGGACACACAGGAGGAAAUGAGGGCGCUGCAGACUCAGGCCUUGGAAACACUGUCAGUUUUGGCCCGGACCAUCGGUAAGGAGGUGUUCGGUCCGCUGGCUGCGGAGUGUGUGGCUCUGGGUUUGAAGCUCACCGAUGCUGUGGAUGAUCCAGACCUGCGGCGCUGCACGUAUAGUUUGUUCUCAGCCGUUUCCACAGUCAGUCCCCAGAGUCUCGAACCCCAUCUUUCAGCUAUCAGCACUCUACUGCUCCUAUCAUUAAAAUCUACAGAGGGAGUGACGGCUCAUUUAGAGGAGGACAAGCAGUUUGUUCUGCUGGAUGAUGAAGAUGAUGAUGAAGAGGGUGAUACUGUAUUGGAGGAAGAUGGGGAGAAUGAGCUAGAUGAUGUUACUGGGAUCAGUGUGGAAAACGCUUAUAUUGAUGAGAAGGAAGACGCUUGUGAUGCUCUGGGAGAAAUUGCCCUCAACACCGGCGCUGCGUUCCAGCCCUUCCUGGAGUCGAGUUUCGAGCAGGUCUAUAAGCUGUGUGAUUUUCCACAUGAGGACGUGAGGAGAGCUGCCUUUGGUGCCAUGGGUCAAUUCUGCCAAGCUCAGCAUAAAGUGUGGCAGGAAAAUCCUACUGAGGCCAAUCGGCAGGCGCUGCACAGCCUGCUGGGAUUGGUGCUGCCCUGCUUCCUGGAGGCGGUGAAGAAGGACCGGGAGCGGCACGUGGUGAUGGCGGUUCUGGAGGCGAUGAACGGACUGAUAAAGGCCUGUAAAGGAGAAGCUCUGCAGACCCCGGAGAGACUGACCCAGAUCAGCCACGCCAUCAGAGACGUGCUGAAGAAGAAGACUGUUUGUCAGGAUUCAGGAGGGGACGAGGCGGAUGAUGAUGAACAGCAGGCUGAGUAUGAUGCCAUGCUGCAGGAGUUUGCUGGGGAGGGAAUUCCUAUUUUAGCUUCAGCUGUUCCAGCAGAAACCUUCUACACUCACCUCAACGACUUGCUGCCGCUCAUCAUCAACAAAACCAAGUCGUCCUGCACCGUGGCGGAUCGCUCCUUCUCUAUAGGGACGAUUGCGGAGACGCUGCACGCGCUGGUGAACGUGGCAGGAGGAAGGGCGGUGGCAGGUCGGCUGGUGAAGCGGCUGCUGCCGGUGCUGGUGGCAGGUGUUAGGGACAGCGACGCUGAGGUGCGCAAUAACAGCGUGUACGGACUGGGAGCUCUCGCUGAGGCCGCCGGGCCCGCCGUCGCUGCUGAUUACCCCAUGAUGCUGUCUCUCUUCUCUAACCUGCUGUCUAAAGAGUCGGACAGGAGAGUGAUCGAUAAUCUCUGUGCUGCUCUGUGUCGGAUGAUCGUGAGCCACACUGAGGGAGUUCCUCUGGAACAGGUGCUUCCUGCUCUUCUGGAGCGUCUUCCACUGCAGGAGGACAUGGAGGAGAAUAAGACGGUUUACAGCUGUCUGACUUUCCUCUACUCCCACAACCCAGCUCUGAUCGUACCCCAUAUGAAGGUGGUUUUAUCUGCUGCAUCACACGUUCUGGGAUCUAAGGAUGUUGAUGCAGAAACUCAGAACAUCGUGAUCCUGCUGUUUAAAGACGUGGCUCAGAGAUACUCACAGGAGUUUGAAGCUGCAGUGAUGUCACUUCCUGUUGAGCAGAGGACUAAGGUGUCUGCAGCAUUAAGUCAAUCAUAGCCCCGCCCCCUUCGCCGUGGUUACCGGUCAGCCCAACUUCAGAUGUUUUCUUUUUUUUUUUUUGUUUCUUAUGAUUUUUUUUUU